GAACCCAUGUUUACUCUCCACGUUUCGAUCAAAUCACAUGAUAUUUCCACAUCUAUAAAAACGUAUCAAUGGAUCGCACUGUCACCAUUGCAUCUGCUUGAAACACCAACACAUAUUGCCACAGUUACAUUAACUCGAUCGGUGCAUUAUGGGAGAACCAAACAUAAGCAGCACUAUGAGUUCUGCCUCUUCUAGCUACAGAGGAGUCCGCAAGAGAAAAUGGGGGAAGUGGGUGUCUGAAAUUCGCGAGCCUGGCAAGAAAACCAGAAUUUGGUUAGGGAGCUUUGAGACACCUGAAAUGGCUGCUGCAGCAUAUGAUGUGGCUGCGUUUCACUUCAGAGGACGUGAGGCACGGCUCAAUUUUCCUGAAUUGGUCCAUAGUCUUCCACACCCAGCGAGCUCAGAUGCGGAAGACAUUCGCAUGACAGCACAUGAAGCGGCCCUGAGGCUAAAGGGCCCAGCUUCCGGAAGGGCUCAUCAUCAUGAGCUGGUCGGAGGGCCAAGCUUGAAUGUAGCACCGGUCACGGUGAGGCUCUCGCCAAGCCAAAUUCAGACCAUUAACGAGUUCCCGUUGGACUCGCCCAAGAUGUGGAUGCAAAUGGCGGUGGAAGACUCCAUCCCUGCAUUCUCCAAUGAAAUUGAGGAUAAUGAAUGGGAAGAUACGCAAAACGAUUCUCUUUGGGACCCUUAAUUAGGUAACAUUUACCAGUAUUAAUUUUUUAGUAGUUACGUACAUAGAAUGAAUUAGCACUCUAUAAUAUAUUAUAUAUCUUAAUCGUAAUAUAUAUUAUAUAUAUAUAUAUAUAUAUUAUAUCUUGGCUUAUUUUAAACCUCUAUGACUAGGAGCUAGGUACACUGUUUCACUUACCAAACAGUGUUUACUUAGUAACAGAAGAUUGACCAAGAAUAAAAUAAAACAAAGACAAAAAGGACAACCGUUCAUGAGCUUGCUUAUCAAUAUAAGUGCAUGUAUAUACGUGUAUAUAUAUAUAUAUAUAUAUAUAUAUAUAUGAAUUUGGCAAAUUAGAGAGCUAGGGCUUUCAAGGGCAUUCAUGUAUUUGUACGUAGCGGAUUUUCACAAGGAUUAAAUUACUGUUUUAUAGAAUAGUACCAGAAGGCCGCCAUACUGUAUUCUUUUAGAGAUCAGAGUCGAUAGGGCAAUAUUGGGUCCCUUUUGACAUCAAGGAUCGAUCGAGCUGGCUUUUUUUAUUGCUUGAGAGAAGUGUUUUAGUGGAUGAACAUAAAUUACCGUACGUGUUGUAUCAUGAGAGGGCCACAAUUGUCUCAUCACGUAUUAAUUUGCUGCUUUUUUUUUUUUUUCAAUUUAUCCGAUGUAUUGUAAGGGUCAUGUGGUAGUACUGUAACAUGAACUUAAUUAUUUUAUUAAUAUUUUGAUAUAAUAGAUUGAUCAGUACUUGGAUUGUCAUUCAAA